AUGUCAGGCAUAGUUUGGGAGAAUGGAUGGCGAUGGAUCUUUAUUCUUGAAGGUAUCGCCACGGUCGUUGUGGCUGUCGCAGCAUAUUGGUUCAUUGAGAACUAUCCCGACACGUCCAAGUUCCUCACCAAGAGCGAGCGGUCUUUUAUUCAUGAGCGUCUGCAUGCGGAUAGUGACGCUAUCCGUCAAGAGAAGUUCAGUUGGGCUGCUGUGAAAGAAGCGUUCAGGGACCCAAGCUGCUGGCUUUAUGGGUUGGGCUUCCAUACUAUGAGUUUGCCAUUGUAUACACUCUCUCUGUUCCUACCCACGAUUAUCAAGGAUCUUGGCUACACAGCAGCGGUGGCACAGCUUUUGACUAUCCCACCUUACGCCGUUGCCUUUGUUACUACCCUUUGUGUUGCCAUAGCCUCUGAAAGGCUUGCGAAGCGCGCUGUUUUCAUCGCUGGUUCCUCUGCAGUUGCUGCCAUCGGAUACAUAAUUCUCCUCGCCAACACAAACCCGACCGCGCGGCCUGGCGUCUCGUAUGUGGGAACAUUCUUCGCCGCAGCUGGUAUUUACCCCGGCACCGCCUUGGUUCUCAGUUGGCCCGCUAUCAAUGUCUCUGGACAAACCAAACGUGCCAUUGCAAAUGCCAUGCAGAUCAGUAUUGGAAACCUUGGUGCGGUGAUGGGAACACAGCUGUACAGGUCGGGCGAUGGCCCACGGUUUGUGGUCGGUCACUCUAUGGCUUUAGCAUAUCUAAUUGCAAAUAUUGUUGUGGUGAGUAUUUUGGGGUGGCGAUUAAAGAAGCAGAACCAGAGUCGAGCGGCUGUCAGUGAAGAGAUCAAGCAUGUGGGCGAUGUGGAAGAUUGGAAGGGAGAUUCGGAUUCUAGAUGGCGAUUUGAGUAUUAG